GCACGGACUCCAUGCAGCGCGCCCCUGCCCUUGAUGUCCCGGGCUGAGCAAUGACUUUCACCCCGCAGCCCGGGCCAGGAGGCGGGGUUUCGGGCAUCAGCCCAUCUACUUGGCGGUGAAGGGAGUGGUGUUUGAUGUCUCUUCCGGAAAGGAGUUUUACGGGCGAGGAGCCCCCUACAACGCCCUGACCGGGAAGGACUCCACCAGAGGGGUGGCCAAGAUGUCGCUGGACCCUGCAGACCUCACCCAUGACACUACGGGGCUCACGGCCAAGGAGCUGGAGUCCCUGGAAGAUGUCUUCACCAAGGUGUACAAAGCCAAGUACCCCAUCGUCGGCUACACGGCCCGGAGGAUCCUCAACGAGGAUGGCAGCCCCAACCUGGACUUCAAGCCCGAAGACCAGCCCCACUUUGACAUCAAGGAUGAAUUCUAAUUCUCACUGCAGGGGCGGCUUCUUGUGUGGGUGAGGCGGUGGGAACAGGAGCUAAAUCUCCUGCAAAGCAGUCUGCCUGGAGCCUCCGAGUCACCCGGAUCAGAAUAAAUCAGCCUUUAACCCAGAAUAGCAGGUGCCUUCAUAGUCCUUGGUCAGGAGCGCCGCUCACCCCGGUGUUCCUGCCUGCACACUGGCGGGGUCCGCAUCAUAGCCCCAGUCAGAAGCUGCCUGAAUGUCAGCAUCGGCCAUCUGCGCACUGGAUUCUGGGUGACCUUUGUGUCUUCUUUAUACUUUUCUGUACCUGGCAAAUUUUCUAUGGUGAUCCCAUUUAUAAUAAGAAAAAAUAAACUUCCUGUUGUUAAAAAAAG